AUGUCUACCGAAUCCGCCGAAGACCAAAGACUUAUCGCAGCCGUAUUCAAACAAAUCAAGCUUGCCGAGAUAAUUUUAGAUUACGAGCAACUAGCAAAGGACCUUGGAAUCAAAGCUAUGCAUCCAGGAAAAGCUGCAGGCAAGCGUUGGAUACGAUACAAGCAAAAACAUGGUCUUGUUGCGGGAAAAUCGGCCAAGAACGAGGUUAGUGGUGAAAUGGAGAACUGCAUGAAUGUUACACCGAAGGCGGGAAACGGCAAAAAGACAGGGAAUGCGGCAGAAAGUACAAACGGAGAGAAGAAGGCUGCAUCAAAGAAAAGAAAGGUCGUCAAGGAUGAGGAUGAGGAGGAGGAGGAGGAUGUCUCUGAUUAG